GCGCCCAUACACAGUCCCGGGGUCCUUCAGGCCUGAAUGACGCCAUCAAGCAUCGGUGGGGAAAACGUGGAGUGCUCGGAGGGCUAUACUUGCCCGUGUGUUGAGGAUUUAUUAACAAAAUAACUUCAGUAAGACAUCACAGGUCUACACAGAGAUCCACUGACAUACACGGACCUGUCAGAUUGACAAGGAUGGAGUACAUUCAAGCUCCUGCCACAAGCAGCCAGGGAAACAUCCUGUGCUGUACUUGUGGCGUCCCCAUUCCUCCCAAUCCAGCCAACAUGUGUGUAGCCUGCCUACGCACUCAAGUAGACAUCUCGGAGGGCAUCCCCAAGCAAGUCACAGUGCACUUCUGCAAGCAGUGUGAACGGUACUUGCAGCCCCCAGCCACCUGGGUGCAGUGUGCUCUGGAGUCCAGGGAACUACUGGCCCUCUGCUUGAAAAAACUUAAAAGCUCUAUGACUAAAAUACGUCUCAUUGAUGCUGGCUUUCUGUGGACAGAGCCGCACUCCAAAAGGAUUAAGAUGAAACUGACCAUCCAAAAGGAGGUGAUGAACGGAGCCAUCCUACAGCAGGUGUUUGUGGUCGAGUUUGUCAUCCAGUACCAGAUGUGUGACGACUGCCACCGCGUGGAGGCCAAAGACUUCUGGAAGGCCGUGGUUCAAGUUAGGCAGAAGACGGCUCAUAAAAAGACGUUCUACUACUUGGAACAGCUCAUCCUCAAGCAUAAACUCCACCAGAACGCCCUCAACAUCAAAGAAAUCCAUGAGGGGAUUGAUUUCUACUACGGCUCAAAGCAGCACGCUCAGAAGAUGGUUGACUUCUUGCAGUGCACCGUGCCCUGCAGGGCAAAGACAUCCCAGCGCCUCAUCUCCCACGACAUCCACUCGAACACGUACAACUACAAGAGCACCUACUCUCUGGAAAUUGUACCUGUCUGCAAGGACAACGUAGUGUGCCUUUCGCCACGGCUGGCGCAGAGCCUCGGGAACAUGGGUCAAGUCUGUGUGUGCGUCCGGGUCACCAGCACCAUCCAUCUCAUUGAUCCACGCACCCUGCAGAUUGCCGAGGUGGAUGGGAACACAUACUGGCGUAACCCCUUCAACAGCCUCUGUAACCCGCGGCAGCUGGAGGAGUUCAUCGUUAUGGACAUUGACAUCAUCAGAGACCAGAAGCUGGGCGCUGGAGCCGGCAUGCGGUCCAACAAGCACACCCUGGCUGAGGUGUGGGUUCAGAAAACUUCAGAGAUGGACACCAGUCAGCAAUAUCACUGCCGCACGUUCCUGGGCCACCUGCUGAACAUCGGAGACCUGGUGCUGGGCUUCGACUUCGCCAAUUCCAACGUCAACGACGAGUACCUGAAUAAGAUGAACCCUCACCAUGUUCCUGAUGUGGUGUUGAUCAAGAAGAGCUACGACCGCACCAGGAGGGUGAAGCGCAGGAACUGGAAGCUGCAGGAGAUGGCGAGGGACCGCGAAGGCAUGGACACAGACGACGAGAGACAAUACCAGGACUUCCUGGAGGAUCUGGAGGAAGAUGAGGCUCUGAGGAAAAAUGUCAAUAUCUACAGAGAUGCGUCAAAGAUCCCAGUGGAGAGCGACACCGAUGACGACGGAGCGCCGCGCGUCUCCCUGAUGGAGAUGCUGGAGGAGCUCAGCCUAUCGGACGCCACGGGAGGAGAGGGGGCUGACAUGAUGACGGAAUAGCCAGUCGCCAUUCCGCCUUAGUGCCACUGGCAGCUGAUUUGUCAAAGAAACCUCGGCUUGAUGACACAAAGAUCCCAUUACACACGUCUGAUUUUGAAGCGGCAGCACAUUGAGGACUGAUUAAACCACUGACGGACACAUUUUCACCACGAAAUUGGACAUUCAGAAGUUUCAACUCAUCAGUUACUUCUGCAACCUCAUCACUCUCGGCGUACAAACUAACAUUUUCAGCUGUUUCCAUAGUGCUCUCAUUUGUCAUGUUGUGUUUCUGAAAUGAUGAAUGAAAUGGAGUCCUUAUAGUUCAAUUUAUCAAAAUAAAUAUUUCCCCAUACGCA